AUGCAGGACUAUGAUGAAAUGAAUCGACAUUAUCUUUAUGUCCAUUCUCAUCGAUGUGCACGAUCACCUUAUGCCGAUGUAGUCCAAUCUCAUAUCUUAAAAGAUCAUGUAUUUGAAAUGAUGAUCAAACGAAAGAAAGAUAACUUAUCAAUAUCAAAACAAGCUUCUCCAUCGAAGUCAAGAUUAAAUGAAGAUAUGGAUCAUUCAGUCAACGACAAAUUGGAUCAUGAGCAAGGAACGGUAUCUGUUGGAAAAUUCUUUCGGCCUAUUUCAACCUUAUUUCACGAAGGUUCUACAUUACUUAGUGAUACGAGAUACCCUAUAAGACGGAUAAUCGGAAAACUGAAGACUCUGUCAAAUGCUUUGAAAGGUAAAUGUGAUAUCGUGAAAUUCAUUUUACAAAGUAAUGUAAAUGCAAAAUUACACAACCACGAGGACGCAAAAGAUAAAUAUAAGAUUUCGAAUUUUCAGUGGGAUGAUGAUGAUGAUAACAGUGAUCGAAGAUCAGUGGACUCUACGAAAACUUGUGUACAAGUUGAUUAUCCGAAUAUGGGUCAAGAUGUAUUCGGGGAUCUGCAAGAAUUUCAAGAUUGGGAGAAUAGGGGAGAUAAAGAUAAAGACGUGAAUUGGUGGGCAUGGAAAUGUUAA